AGAGUAUAUCGCUUAAACUUUCGGAAUAAUCAGGAUGCCGGAAGAGGAUGAUGUAAAAUUAGACCACAAAAAGACCUCGUUGAAGCAUCCAUCACUGAUACGGCCGUCAUCAGCCAUAGUUGUCGACAAGUUCGAAGAUGCUGAACCAUAUAACAAUGGAUUGGACAGCGUAUAUCACACUUUCACCAAUCCCAAUCGGAGAGUGGGAAGAAUUAUCAACAAAACACCGGAAACGGGCCGCAAAUUUCUGAAAUUUCGUUCACAUAGCUUCUCAGAAGGGCGUCCCCGAAAAAGCUCUUCCUUCGUUGGUACAGCGAAAGAUCGGGCAUACGAACGACGUAGUCCAAUGAAAGGAAAAGCUAGAGACAAUGUUUCCUCGCCCACAAUCGUCAAGUCUGAUAAGGAGAAAGCUGUCAAUGACUAUUAUGAAAGGCACCAGCUUUCGACAACUUCCGAGAAAAGCUUUGAAAGCUUGAACGACGGUUCUAACGAACUCUCAGAACCAGCUAGAAAAAAUGGAGAUGUCGGCUCCAUUCACAAAAAGGAAACCAUUAUAGCACCAGCUGACGUUGUGCCUACAAGCAGAAAAUUUCACAACUCCAUUUACUGGAUGUUACACAAUCGGAGUAGAUUCGGAUUUCGUCACAUAUGCAUGUUAUUGCUUGUACUGAGCUACACACUAUUAGGAGCACUUAUAUUUUUCGAGUUAGAGAGCAAAUACGAGCAGCAGACUAUCGUUCGGCGGCAAGUUGCUCUUGAUGCUCAAGUUGAAAUCAUAGCGGAAGAGCUUCUACGAUUUAGUAAUGAAAGCGGAAAUCUUGAAUUACAUAAAGUGCAUGAUUUUGUUAGGGCAGCUUACAUAACUCUCCUCAAAGAAGAGGAUCUCUAUGCUGGUAGCACUUACCAUAAGAAGAACGAUUCGGCUAACUAUAAGUGGACAUUUGCUAGUGCCAUAUUUUUCUCCAUGAAUCUCUACACGACAACAGGAUAUGGUUCUAUUGCGCCAGAUUCUAAUAUGGGACGAUUGUGCGUAAUUAUCUACUCUUUGAUUGCUAUACCUGUAACUUUGGUCGUUCUUCGAGACCUUGGUCAAUGGACGUUGGUGAUCCUGACGAAGUUCUACGCACAUGUUUUAGUACUAUAUAGAAGAUCUAUGGGCUACGAUGAGCCACAUGAUGAUUCUAUGAUUUCUUUACCUAUAAAAUUUUGUCUCAGCCUUUUAGCGGGUUACCUACUUUUUUCUGCCAUUUUCGUCUACAAAUUUGACGAUUGGUACGGUGACGUCCCAAAUACUGGUCUCUCGUUCUUUAUUUCAUUUUAUUUCUCGUUCAUCUCUAUUUCUACGAUUGGACUUGGCGAUAUUAUGCCCAACAACGCUCCCUUCCAUCCCCUCAUCUCAGCACUCUUCUUCUUUGGCAUGCCUAUAAUGAAGGUUGUCAACCGGGCAACAUAUGUCUGCAUUGAAAAUGGUAUCUUUGGUGCAUUCACAUUGCUUGAGACAACCAUUGAUAACGUCUCGACCAAGAUACAACCGAAGGAGUCGUUUGCACAGCGACCACGUGUACGUACAAUCAGUCGAUGCAGUUACUGCUCUCAUAUCAAUAUGGAAGAUGAUCUGGAACAGGACAAGACAACUGCACUUCUCAAUAACCUCACCAUACGCUCAUUGGGACAAUUUGCUCGAGCAAAUGCUGAUGUCUAUGGCGGUGGCUUUGGACGGGUAAAUCUGCGCAAGGGAGAUCUUGUGCAGUCAAAAACCAGUAUCAAUCAGGGACCUGCAUAAUUGUGUUCAGAUACUCAUUCUCUGUAAUGUAUUACCUGUGCCUGUAAAUCUGAUUUUUGUGUUCAAAAAAGUUAUUUUUUGUGGUAGAAUCAUAGUGAAAACAGAGACUCGCUUUUUCGUCUGUGAGUGAAAAUGGCGGAGUCGUCCUUCAUAAUAAACCUUAACUCGUAGCGCUAUGGCGGCUGCCUCAAGGAAGUUGCAAAC